AUGGAUCUCGUUGCAAGAAAAACCCGUCUCGUGAUCGUCAACGAUGGCGACCACAAGAAGAGCAAAGCGUGGCGAAUAGUCAUCAUUGUUCUCAGCAGUAUCAGUCUCCUCCUAACCCUCGUUGGAAUUGGCCUCCGUAUUAUGAUACGGAGGCGUGCACGACGCGCCAAAGCCGAAGGAAAUAACGAGGGAGAAGAUCCGUCUGAAGAAGAUCCCGGCCUAGACAAUGGUUCUACCCAAGACCCGCCAAAGCACAAAGAACACCCAUACUACAACAGUCCCGGUUACGAGGCAACGGCUGAUCAGAACCAGACUUUGUUGGGCAACGACGAGAGGCCUCCGGCCACGCGCUGGGACAGCGACUCGAACAGCGCGACAGGCAUCCAGCGACCCGAGAGCAUAGCUAACUACUACAAUGUACCGCCACCCAGGUACGAGUAG